ACUGCAGGCCGGCUCGGCCGUGUCCCCCAGGCAGCCCCGCCCCUUCUCGGCCCAGCGCGCUGCGGCUGGCUCAGGCGCGGCCGGGCCGGGGCGGUUCAGCGGGCGGGGCAGGGCUGCGUAGGGGCGGGGGCGCUGUCUGCCGCCUUUCCGCGGCGAGAGCGGCUCCUGGGCCCGCGAGCGUUUCCGGGGCACUCGUCACCGUCGCGCUCAGCGCCAGCGUCGUGAUCGCCAUCAUCAUGACAACGCUCCGCGCCUUCACCUGCGACGACCUCUUCCGAUUCAACAACAUCAAUCUGGACCCGCUGACCGAGACCUACGGGAUUCCCUUCUACUUGCAGUACCUCGCCCAUUGGCCCGAGUACUUCAUCGUCGCCGAGGCGCCCGGCGGGGAGCUGAUGGGUUACAUCAUGGGCAAAGCCGAAGGCUCUGUGGCUAGGGAAGAAUGGCAUGGACACGUUACUGCUCUCUCUGUUGCACCAGAAUUUCGACGGCUGGGUUUGGCUGCUAAGCUGAUGGAGCUCCUUGAAGAAAUUUCAGAAAAAUAUGAGAAAAGCUCUUUCCAGAGAUACAGAGAAGAAAUCAGUUAUACCUCUGCCUCAUCCUGUGAGACCAGAAGACAUCGAGUAACUUUAAGCUGUGGUUCUCAUGCAAUUUACUAAGGGUCAGGUUCCAUCUCCUGUAACCCCCAACAACUUACGGAUAAGAAGUUUUAGGCCAAAUGUUUUUCCCAUAAAAUGCUAAAAAGCAAUGUUGAGAAGCUGACUAAUACUGCUUAUAUUGGUAAUGGCUGUAUACUGCCACACUUACUCUAUUAUUUUUACUUUCACAUGUUGGAGAUUUGGAGACUAUUAAAAUGGAAUUACCUCCUG